GGAAUCGCCGAGCGAGCGGUAAACAGGAGGAGCCGCAGCGAACAGACUGGAAAUUGGAGGACCGCCGGAGCCGGCGCGACUUUCCAAUGAAAAGUUCCAAAGAACAGGAUUGUAGAAUACCACCGUGGAGGCCUUGGGUGUGGACUUGUAUAAAUCCAUCCAUGGCCGCCAUCUUCCAGGGCUGAUGAUUGUGACAGCCUUCAGCUUGCCUUGACAACUCCAAAGCAGCCGCCUCCAGCACCUUCACAAUCAGCAGCCAUGAAGUCCUUCACAGCUACCGCCCUGGCGGCCCUCUUGGCCCAGCAAGCCGCCGCCCAUUCCACCUUCCAACAGCUCUGGGUUGAUGGAACCGACUUCGGCAGCCAAUGUGCCCGUCUUCCUCAGUCCAACUCUCCCAUCACCAACUACAACUCCAAUGACAUGCGCUGCAACAUCAUCGGCACCAGACCCCAGGUCAAGUGCCCAGUCCGCGCUGGUGGCACCGUCACUGUUGAGAUGCACGCUCAAAACGGCGAUCGCAGCUGCUCCCAGGAGGCUAUUGGUGGCGCCCACCACGGCCCCGUUUCCGUCUACCUCACCAAGGUCUCUGACGCCCUUACCGCCGAUGGUUCCACCGGCUGGUUCAAGAUCUUUGACGAUGGCUGGCGCAAGAACCCCUCCGGCCGCGUUGGUGACGAUGAUUUCUGGGGCACCAAGGAUCUCAACGCUUGCUGCGGCAAGAUGAACGUCAAGAUCCCAUCCGACAUCCCCUCGGGUGACUACCUCCUCCGUGCCGAGGCUAUUGCCCUCCACGCUGCCGGUGGUGCCGGUGGUGCUCAGCCAUACAUGACCUGCUACCAAAUCACCGUCUCCGGCGGCGGCAGCGCCAGCCCCCCUACUGUGUCCAUCCCCGGACACUUCAAGGCCUCCGACCCCGGCGUCCAGGUCAACAUCCACGGUGCCAUGACCAACUAUGUCAUCCCCGGCCCCCCUGUGUAUGCCGGCGGCAGCACCAAGGUUGCCGGAAGCGCGUGCAGCGGCUGCGAGGCCACCUGCGCUGUCGGCAGCUCCCCCACCACCAGCCUUACUCCUCCUGUUUCCACCAGCACUCCUGCUCCCGGCAACGGCGGCGGCGGCAGCCCCGGUGGCUGCACUGUUCAGAAGUACGGCCAGUGCGGUGGUCAGGGCUACACUGGCUGCACCACUUGCGCUGCUGGUUCGACUUGCAACACCACCAACCAGUGGUAUCACCAGUGCGUGUAAAGAAUGAACGAACUAGGCCUCAUGGGUGGCAGCAUGUGAAGGAGUAUUGUCUGGUAGAGGCACAAAUUCUUGUAUAUACUUUUGGUCUUGUCCAACACAAAUAUAGCAUUUGCAUAUCGCGACAUUCUUGCA